AUUUUUCUUGCAUGCUUGUCAUUUGUUAAACGUCAAAACAACGACACUUUGUUUCAUUCCAUUUGACAUUUCUUUUCUUUUUAAAUUUUACUUGGAAUUGAAAGAACCAAGAAAUGGGUCGUGUUAUACGUGCACAACGUAAAGGAGCUGGGUCUGUUUUCAAAGCCCAUGUCAAAAAACGAAAGGGAGCCGCCAAAUUAAGGCCAUUAGAUUUUGCUGAACGUCAUGGAUAUUUAAAAGGUGUAGUAAAGGACAUUGUUCAUGAUCCAGGUCGUGGUGCACCAUUAGCUGUUGUCCAUUUCCGUGAUCCAUACAAAUAUAAAAUUCGUAAAGAAUUAUUUAUUGCCCCAGAAGGUAUGCAUACUGGACAAUUUUUAUACUGCGGACGCAAAAGUAACUUACAAAUUGGCAAUGUUAUGCCAUUGUCUCAAAUGCCUGAAGGUACAAUUAUUUGUAACUUAGAAGAAAAAACAGGUGAUCGCGGUAGAUUAGCACGUACAUCAGGGAAUUAUGCAACUGUAAUUGCUCACAAUCCAGACACAAAGAAAACGCGUGUUAAAUUACCGUCAGGAGCAAAAAAAGUAGUUCCAUCCGCAAACAGAGCUAUGGUUGGUAUUGUAGCAGGAGGAGGUCGUAUUGACAAGCCUAUAUUAAAAGCCGGUAGGGCAUAUCACAAAUAUAAGGUUAAACGUAAUUGCUGGCCUAAAGUUCGUGGUGUUGCUAUGAACCCAGUAGAACAUCCUCACGGUGGUGGUAACCAUCAACAUAUUGGUAAGGCUUCAACAGUCAAACGUGGUACAUCAGCUGGUCGUAAAGUUGGUCUUAUUGCUGCACGUCGUACUGGUAGAAUUCGUGGCGGUAAAGGAGAAACAAAGAAAGAAGCUAAAUAGACCAGUACUAAUUAAUUUUUAUGUUAAAAUUUUAUGGGUUGUAUAUUCAGUCCAGGAAUGUACAUUUCAGAAAAAUUAAAAAAAAUUUAAAAAAAAGUUGGAUUUGUUUCAAAUUUAUGAAUUUUAUUUUCAAAAACUAAAGAUGAAUUGAGGUUUAAAAAAAAUUUUAUUUUGGGAGGUUUGUAAAGGA